GGGAUCUACAGCAGCUAGAGCCGCGCGGAGGGGCACCGUCAACCCAGCCAGGAGGACCGGACUCUUCCCGUGACACAUUGACACAGAAACAAACCCCAAACACAUCAUCUGAGGCGAUCUGCCGGAGAGGCUCGCAGCGUGUUAUUUAUUUAUAUCGCGAGAGGCUCGGCUCAGCCGCGGCGGACGAGCUGCGUCUUCACGCGGAGAGCUCGGACUUCUGUGGGGGGGAAACACAGGCGAAAACACUCCUGAUCAAGUCUUUUAUUUCCUCCGUGUGUGUUUUUUUUUGUCCUUCCUGCUGGAAGCGUGGACUGAGUUUCGAGGAUGAGAGAUUUGUGAUCGAGGCUUUGAGCUUGUUUUACUGGAUUUAUUUCGCUGUGGAGGAAAAAGAGAUCGGUGCGCAAAAACAGCCGAGGUCUUCCUCCUGUCCUCUCUCCUCUCCCUCCCUCUAUCUCUCCAUCUAUCAAUCUGUCCAUCCUCUAUCUUUCUAUCUCUCCAUUUGUUUCCAUGUUUUUAGGUCCGUGCGAUUUUGCUAAAAUGCAUCAUCAACAGCGGAUGGCAGCUUUGGGAACAGACAAGGAACUGAGUGACUUACUGGAUUUCAGCGCGAUGCGAAACAGCGAUUUGAAAAUGUUCCCAACAUCCAUGAUGUUUUCCCCUCCUGUUAGCAGUGGAAAGAACGGGCCGACCUCCCUGGGGAGCGGACAUUUCUCCGGCUCAAAUAUGGAGGAGAGAACGAGUGCAGGGUCAUGGGCAAGUGGAAGCCGUUCUUCCAAGAGUUAUGCAGAAGGGUCUCAGUACAUGGCGUCACAUGACAGCCUCUCACCGCCCUACGCCAACUCCAGGCUUGCAGGAAAAACAGAGAGGAAUUCGUACUCAUACGGCAGAGAGUCCAACCCACACUGUCACCAGUCCAUACUGGGAGGUGAGUUGGGAAUGGGGAGUCCCGGCGCGGCGUCUCCCACCAAACCAGCAGGUCAGUACUACCAGCACUACGGCUCCAACCCGAGGAGGAGAGCGCUGCCUAUGGACAACAUGGACGUUCACACAAAAAAAGUGCGGAAGGUCCCUCCCGGCUUGCCGUCCUCAGUGUACGCUCCGUCUGCCAGUACAGCCGACUACAACAGGGAUUCACCGGGCUACCCCUCCUCCAAACCUCCCAGCUCUGGCUUCCCGAGCUCCUUCUUCAUGCCAGAUGGUCACCACAGCGGCGAUCCCUGGAGCAGCAGUAGUAGCAGUAUGAGCCAGCAGGGUUACCAUGGCAGCAUGCUGGGGGGCGGGAACUCGGCCCAUGGACCCUCACAGAGUUCGUCCUACUGCGGGAUCCACCCUCACGACAGAUUGAGUUACCCGUCACAUUCAUCUGCAGACAUCAGCUCCAGCCUUCCUCCUAUGUCCAGCUUCCACAGAGGAGGAGGGAGUGGCAGCGGGGGUAAUCACUAUAGCACCGCCUCUUGCACAGCCCCCACCAAUGGCACAGACAGCAUUAUGGCAAACAGAGCACAGAGCGCGGCAGCCAGCAGCUCUCAGACAGGAGACGCCUUAGGAAAAGCACUCGCAUCCAUCUACUCUCCAGACCACACAAACAACAGCUUCUCGUCCAAUCCCUCCACCCCUGUCGGCUCGCCUCCCUCCCUCACAGCUGCAAGUUCAGCUGUCUGGUCGAGGAACGGUGGACAGGGAGCGUCAUCGCCGAACUAUGAGGCUCCACUACACUCUCUGCAAAGUCGUAUCGAAGACCGACUGGAGCGUUUGGACGAUGCCAUCCACGUACUGCGGAGUCAUGCAGUAGGACCGUCGACGGGUAUGAGCAGCGGGCACGGAGACAUGCACAGCCUUAUAGGGGCGGCACACACGCACAAUGGAGCUAUGGGCGCUCUGAGCGGCGGUUACGGGACGGGCCUGCUGUCGGCUAACAGACACUCCCUCAUGGUCGGCUCUCACAGAGAAGACGGCAGUGGUGUUGGCGGUCUACGUGGCGGACACUCAAUGGGCGGUCAGGUGUCGGUGCCUCAGCUUCCUGUUCAGUCGGCCACCUCACCGGACCUCAACCAGUCUGACCCGUACAGAGCUCUGUCUGGAGGCCUCCAGGGUCAGAGCACCUCCUCAGUCAGCUCUGAGAUCAAGUCUGAAGACGAGGGUGAUGAGAACCUCCUGCAGGAAUCCAAACCUCUGGACCCCAAAAAGGAGGACCCGGACAGCAAGGACCUGAAGUCUAUUGAGAGCAACAACGAUGAUGAGGACCUGUCUCCAGAGCAGAAGAUGGAGAGAGAGAGGGAACGGAGGAUGGCUAACAAUGCACGAGAGCGUCUGCGUGUGCGGGACAUCAAUGAGGCAUUUAAAGAGCUUGGCAGGAUGGUCCAGAUGCACCUGAAGAGUGACAAACCUCAGACCAAGUUACUGAUCCUGCACCAGGCCGUCGCAGUCAUCCUCAGUCUGGAGCAACAAGUCAGAGAGAGAAACCUGAACCCCAAGGCGGCCUGUCUGAAGCGUCGUGAGGAGGAGAAGGUCACCGUGUCAUCGGAAGGGGCUCCCCUCUCAUUGGCUGCUCACCACGCUGCCGCUGCUGCCAUGGGCGACGGGUCGAACCCUAUGGGACAAAUGUAAAACGCAGCACCAUCUCCUCCCCCCCUGAAUGGUCCAAGGUGCCAGAGUUCAUCAAGAUGAUGAGUGAUCACUUCCUCUGACGGCGCUCCCAAUGACUUCCUGGCAAUUGAUCAAACAUCUUGUUGCUUCGGCCUGACAAAUCGGAUUCUCUGGAAUUUCAGCCUGACCAAUCAGAUCAGCCUCUCUCGCCUUUCCUCUGUCGCCUUCGAUCCUCCCCUUCACCUCCGUCUCCCUCUUCUGUCGAGUACACAAACUGCAGUCACAUUAGUCGCUUUGGUCACUUUGUAUUUCCAGCUGAAGUGAACUGGAUGCUUCUUUGUGGAGAUGAUAAAACAGCCGAUGAAUACAGCUACUACAAAGUGGCAGUCUGUGGGAGUUUUUGGACAAAAUGGACAAUAGUCUUUGGAAUCACAUCAUUCGAGAAAUUCUUCGUCUUGAACUACUUGUUUUAUCAGCAUUCCCUGUUUUAAGGAACAAAAGGGUUCUAUAUAUAGUAUAUAUAUAUGAGAAAGGAAAAAAAUGACAAAAACUUGUUGAAAAAGUGCAACUGGACACAAGCAGUAAGGAGGGUACGGGUUUGGGAGAGCUGUUCAGAAUGGAACAAAACAUAUCACAAAGUGUUUAAAGAGAUUUUUUGUCUAAAAAAAACAACAUUGAGCAGCUGAUGUUGAAUCCAGCUUCAGUGCGUCUCUGACUGAAUGGCAAUCUAACGCCACACUGUGGAUGAAGCUGUGCCUGAUCUCCUUUUGGAUGCAACCAGUCAGAUAGAUACACAUGGAAGUAAAGACAACUGAAAAUAUGAAGAAAACUUGAAAAUUCCAGGAAGUAUCACACAACCCCCACUCACACGCCCCCUUGCGAGCCCCAUUUAAAAGUACAGUUCUAGUAGAAUUUUAGGGGCUGUUGCAGCCCUAGGAUCCUGAUGAGGCAAGUGAGCUGGACGAUCAUGGUCCUAGAAAGAAGCAAAACUUAACAAUUAAAAUGGGGCAACAUGUUUGUCCGCUUCAAAUGCAUUCCCUUGUAAACACUGCAAAAAUGUAGUUUACAUCACCAAUGUUAAAACCCAUAUUGAUCAUGUUUCUUUAGCUCAGAAGCGUUUGAGGUUCAACACAAAUACAAAAUCUUGGACUGUCAUAACUAAAUCACCCAUGUGUAUCUACUGAGAGGGAGAGAAAACCUGGAGAAUCAAUCAUUGAAUCAGUAAAUCAAUCAAACAGUGAGCGACUCCAACGGGACUGGGGUGUUAGAGGAAUUACCAACAGAAAGAAUCAUGCUACAAUAGAAAGUGUUCCUCUAAAUGCAUUAGAAAGGAAAGGCUUUUCCUGGCACCAUCAAUAGAGGUUGUUGCUUUGGUGUGAAUCAGUCUUUAGACAAAUAUUCAUCAGUAUGGGUAGAGCUGGCUGAGCCUGAAAUGCUGAAAUCCAUGGAUUACUGGACAGAUGGUUGGGAGGAUGGACAGAUGAUAGAAAUGAUAGAUGGAUGGAUUGCUGGAUAAGAGGGAGGAGGGUUUGACUGAGCACUGAGGUGAAUUCUGUUCUGCAAUUGGAGCCUUUUCUAAAUCAUGAUUGCCUGACUUGAUCGGGUGCUACUGAAAACCUGAACCGAGAGAGUACAAAAGACUGAACAUGCCAACAUUCAGUGGGUAGAGUUAGAAGCAUGGAGACAAAACAGAGAUCCAGAGGUCUAACAGUAAGAAAGUUGCAAGGGAACAAUCAUUGGGUUGUGCGGGGGUAUUAUUUUCCGUUAGGGGCCAAAAAUCACUAGUCCAAGCAUUCCUAUAAUUAGUUCAUUGCUUUCCCUAAUUCCUGGAUUAGGUCCAUUAUAACCCUAAACCUUGAACCUGACUUAACUUCCUCCUCGUGCCAACCAUGUGGGAUUAUCUGAUUGAAAAUGUUGGGUUGUCCUUUGCUGGGACCAUUAGCUGCUUCAAAUUUCCAUUGAUUGCAUUGGUUUGCGUGAUGAUGUUGCAGUGAUUCAAGGCUUAGGUUUGAGCACUCUCUAUUGUUGUUCAAGUCGGAAACAGUACUAUCCAUAAUCAAAAGAAACAGCAGUAUUUAAGAGUUGGGGAACUAUAUGUAUUAGAUUGCCACAGUAUUGGGUCAAGGCUUUCAGCUGAGAGAAUGUGCCUGAGGACCAAAUUUGAGCAGUGUUUUGCUCAUAAAUUGCACACUAACUGCCAGUUUAGACAAGGUUUUAGGAUUUGGCUAAUUUGGUCUUGGGGUCCGCUGAGGUUAGCAGCAAUCAGAUUCUUUGGGUCACAACAAAGCCACAACAAAACAAAGUUGUCUGGCAACUAGAUAGGCCAGAUAUAGGGCCCAGAUAGUUUGAUUAUCAUGGGGCGUUUUCACACCUAACCUGUUUGGUUUGAUUAAAGCAAACCCAAGGCUGUUUAUCAAGUUGGUGCGAUCAGUUUGCACUAGUGCAAACGCUGUCCAUAGAACCCUGGUGUGCACCUAACAUCUGCACUAAGACCAUUUGAGAAAGUUGGCAUCUUUGCACUCGUUUGUAGUCAGAACAUGGACUGAUCUCUAUCCUACCCAACUGCAUUUUUCUAAGGAUUUAACCAGCUACUGUAACCAGUCAAACAUGCAUUAAAAACUGCAGGCAUUCCUGACAGAUCUUCAGAAACGGAUUCAUUGGAUGAGCUGGUCACGGUUCAGGAGGAUAACAUGGUCCAUCUCCUUGAAGUCUUCGGGGAUUCCAGUACAGCAUACCUUUUUUGAGCUAUUUGCACUUAAUUUUCAAACUGUAUCACCCACCUACAAUAAUAAAUUCUGACAGUAUAAAAAACAAUGGCCAGAGCUUACAUCAAUUCAUGUAGUUGUGUGAAUCAGCUAGAAUAUUUCAUACAAGAAAUCACAUACAUAAAUUUAUCCAUGAUUUGGACCAGAUCAAACAAACUGUAGGUGUGAAAAUGCACUUUGUUUCCCUACUUAGUAAUCUGGUGGGAGUUUUUGGAGAAAUGUCAGGGUUUAGAACAAGGUUUGACGAGUUUACAGGGCAAUUAAAGAACCAAGACAAAAACAGCCAAACUCUGUAGCAUUGCUAUGCAUUGAGGUUGGGUCUCCUGCGACAGAUGAUGGUCACUGGAAUCGCUGCAAGACUGUCCGUUGUUUUUCUGCUGUCAUCUUUGAACCUUGUCCCAGUUUAAACCCUCCAAUAGCCAGACCAGCGUUUGAUCCCCAGUCCUAGUGCUGUCUUCUCUGUUAGCCCUAGCCUUAUGAGCCCUAAACCAGAGCCCUAGCCCCUCUCCCCAGCCUCUUGCCCCCCCCAAGUGGUCCCACAGAUGCAAUUUGAACAUUCACAAUUCUACCAAUGUGCCUUUUUAGAGUUCAUAUCAUUCGAGUUGCCAGAGGAGGACAUUUACCUGGUCUUUUAAUAGGAUGCAAGCUUAGGGAAACCUGUUCUUAUUCGUUAGGUUCUAUGCAGUCAGGUUUUUUACCAGACCUGGGAAUUUAAAAAAAGCUAAAAAGGAAAAAAAAGUAUUUUUUGGAUAAAAAAAAAACUAAACUGUAUUUAAUGUACUGUACGCUUAUAUGUAAGUAGACUGCGUGUUCUGGCUUUGAGCCAGCGAGACAGACGCUUGAUUUAGCAAGACAAGUCCCCGUCCCAGUCCUUUUCCGUCCCCUCGAGUCCUCCAUAAUCCCCAUCCCUUCCUGUUCCAAGCCCCAGCCCUGUUUCCAUGGUGAACAACGCGUCUCUUCUUGUAUUAUAGCUUAUCAGCUUUUUAUCAAUAUUUGACCGGCUUGUCCGUAAGCCAAUGUAGUCUUCAGUACAAAGUGUGUGGUCGUAUGUUGUAAAACAGAUUUUCUUUCUCUCUCUCUCUCUCUCUUUUAUAAGAAGAAUCUUUUCUCUGAUUACUUUUUCUUUGUCUGUUCUGGUUUACAUGUCUAUUAUAGAAAAUGUAAAAAACAAAACAAAAACAAAAAGAAGAAAAGAACACAAUUCACCAUCUGACAGCAUUGCUUUCUGUCGGUGGUCAUUUUGACGCGGUUAAACUCUUACCCAAUCAACAGGAAGGCACGGAAACUGGAAAAGAAUCUAUUUGAAUAAAUCAAUCUAUAUAUAAAUGUACAAAAAAAUAUAUACGAUAUAUAAGGAGGGUGCCAUUCUCUGUUAUUUUUUCAUUUCUGUUACAAAGGAGUGUUUUCUUGGCGAGGAAUUAUUUUCUCAAAGACUGAACUGGCAGAAGCUGGCGAGGCCCCUCAGUGUUAAAAGUUUUCAACUGACUUUGUUGUGUUCUUUGUUGUUGCCAUGAAAACACCCUCAGACUAGUACGGCACCCUGCGCAGGACAAAAUGGGACCGAAGUUCCAUCAGCUCCUUUCACUGCUAUCUAUCGAAGGCAACAACUCACAGACGUUUGUAAAUUGUAUGCAACAAAAUGGCAAACUUUACCAUUAUUUUAAAAUUGUGUAUGUAAAAGUUAUAUUUUUACAUGUAGACUGUUGUUAUUUUGUGUUUUAGAAAUAUGUUGUAUUGGUUUUUUUGUUAAAAGAUGAAAAAGUAAAAAUUCAGUGUGUGUUGAAAAAAUGUGUCACAUUGAAAAUGUAGUGAGGUCAAAAGUUUGGAUCAUUUUCUUUUUUUUCCAACAUUACGUUUAUUAUCCGUGGGGAACAUUUUUAAAGGUUUGUGGGAGGAAUCAGAAAUCAUAAAUGAUAUAUGAUAUUUGUCUAAUUCUCCAUGCCUCAUGACAUUACCAUUUUUAAUUGUAUUUUUUGCAGAGAAAUGUGUAAAUAGUCCUAAAACAUUUUCUGUGGGGUUUCCGUGGGGUGAGGACUUGCCAGUGAGAGGUGAUGAUGAUGAACUUGUUUUGAUUUUUUGUGGAGUUAUAUUUGUCCGCUUACAGUAGCCAGGUGCCAACUUUUAGUUUUGGUCAGUGGUGCUCAGUGCUGUAUGUGGUUUUAGUUGCAGACCAUCUAAAGUGUUAGUCAAAUUAUUGCCUUCUCUUGCACCAAGAAUCACUCGUGUCAGAGUCGGCCAGAGCCAUUACUUUACCACCGUGAUCAUUUUCUUUUUUUUAUUUCUUUAUUGCCAAAAAUUACUUAGAUAUGAUCCUGCACAAUGUAUUUUAAGAUUUGAUAUUUGCCGUUUUGAAAAAAAUGAGUAUAUGAUGUUUUUAGAGGAAUAUUAUCAUGGUAAACCCCCUUGAAGACUGUACUGGAUUGCAAGAAGGCAUGGAAAUGGUUCGAUGUAUUUGUCAAACUACAGGAAGUAUUGGAUGUUAGGCUGGCUACACACUAGAUGAUUUUCAAAUUUUUAUCAACUAGAAAAAUAGAGGAGUUCUCAGACAUUUGGACAGUUUCAACUGAUCUUAACAUUAAAAUCUUCUAACCACACACACUAGUCGAUUCCAUUUGCUGUACAGAUUUUAUAGUGGCAAUUCCACAGUAAUGAGAUCUCACAGAAACUUGCGAUCAAAUGUGACUGCAGAAAAAACCCCAGUGUGGAGGAGGGUAGACUUCAUUAGCUAGCUCACCAUUGGCUAUAGGUUGCAGAUGACAUUAAAUCACAGCUAAGGUCUGUAGAUGGUGGGCAGGAAGUGAUUUCAGCAUAGAGAAGUGCUAUAGAAAAGCCAAUGUUUUGUGCUGUUUAUAACUUGGCCCACCUUUUAAAUUGAGGGGAAUCAUUUGAGCUAUUUUUGAAUCCAGAAGCUGAGACAAAGGCAAAAAGUAGUCCUCUGUUGAAAGCCUGGAUGAACAGUGCCAGUCAUUGAUCUCAUAUGGUCCACCACAUUUUCCACCAUGUGGUUUGGUUUGCUUCAGUACAGUUUUGCGUGGCAAACCCUGAUCUUGCUUGUGUUUCUACAGCGUCCAGCCUUGCUUGUUGCAAUGUACAAUCUGUCUCGUUUAAGAUAUCUUGAUUAUGUGGCCUAGCUUGGAUAGUAGAUAGUUGAGGGGUUAAAUCAGAUAUAAAAUCAUCCAAUGUGUAGCCAACUUUACUGAGGUACCCUAAUCAAAUUAGUGUCUGGCUCCCCCGGAUGGCUCUGACUCCUGUGUGUUUUGUCAAGAUGGGCUGUAAAUGUUUAUAAAAUGAAAGACCUUCAGCACCUAAUUCAAAAAUAAUUAUGAACUUUUUUAGUAAAAGAUUGGAGCGUUGCUAAUGUAAAAGGUCAAGUCGUCAGCAUACAAUCUUAUCAGCUAUUCCCCAAAAAGAUUUCAGAUAAUGUGCAAGGCAGUUUCAGUCAUUUGUUUUAGUGUUUACCAUUAAAAUUGAGCUUUUCAUCAAAAGAAAAAGCUGCUUUUAAUCGGACCUAGGUUAAACACUAGCAUUGAACCUGUCAGUGUAAGUGCUAAAUGUAUUUUUUAAGUAAUGUUAUUUUUUCGAUGCUUUAUUUCAUAUUUUUUCUUUGUUGUAUAACCAAGUCAUCUCCCAAUACAGUAUCUUCAUUUUUUAUGUUACCCCUGAUGUUUCUAUUAGCCAAAAUGUUAACUUUUUCUUUUCCCUCCUUGUUGUACAUACACACCUCAUUUCUCUUUUUUCAGUGACUGUGCCAUGAGCUUUGUAAUCUGUUACUCUGUACCAGUUUUACUGCAAUAAUGAGUUGAAUUCAAAUGGC